AUGGGUGUGAAGGCAGCAAAGGCUGCAAAGUUGAGAGGAUCCAAGACCGUGAAGAGAACCAGCGAAGAGAAGGAGGCUGCUUUGAAGAACCUCCAAGCCGUGGCUGCUCUAAGUGAGAAGGAGUUCACUAACAAAGAGAUAUUAGCGGAUAAACAAGUCCUAUCUAACCUCUUAGGAAAAACCGAACCACUUAACGAUAUAGAGAAAGCGGACCUACUUGAGGAGUACAACUCGGAAAAGCGCCGGUUGGACUUGCUCCAAAUCAAACACAAACAUGUUCAGAAAGCAUUCAUGGCAUCUUACGAUCGGUUUAGGUCUCUUCAGCGUCACACACUCCAGUUGAGGGAAGAUAUGGCCGCCUGUGAAAACUUACUGAUGGAAGCAGAGCAAGAUUGCUUGGACUGUGGAGCAGCUUCCCGUGAGGCCGAUAGAGAGAUGGAGGAUUGUUUAGGGCGUCUGAAAGAGACCUCUGCGAAGAUGGGAGAAAAGGCGCAAGUGGUGAAACGAUCCUUGAACUUAGGUAAUGUGUUCUGCUUCUAUCAAUGCAUAUGUGUUCUUUAA